AUGGACACAUCGAUCGGUCGCUCUCAGUCCGCUCGAGAAAAACCUAUCAAUACCAAGUCUAUCAUUUCCUUCUGCCAUGAACUCCAAAAACAAUUACAGGAAAGUAUCAAUGAACAUGGAAUGAAGGAGCUUAUUGACAAAUUGGAGAAUCAUAUCAAUAUUGUCAAGGACUAUCUUCUCAAGCCCCCUAGCCCACAUCGCCACACAUCGCUCGAUGGCCCCGGCACUGAUCUUUGGAAUCUGUGUGUUCAGAUUAAACGACAAGAUGACACUGAUGUCUCUCCGACAAAAAGCAAACUUCUUGUUUCUGUCCGGGUAUUCUCAUUUCUAAUUCUGGCACUCGCACAACGGGGGAGCCACAACAAACCGGGAGACCUCCUUCGCCUGGAAAAAUUGGCAAUAAAAACCGGCAGAUCUUGUAUUGGGGCGGCCGAACUCAAUUUCGCGCUCAUGGUUCUGCAAAAAGCCGCCGACUAUAACGGAUUGUUGCAGCAUCUGCAAGCAAAGCUGCCAAGCGAGGAGCUAGACGCCUGCAGAAGACUGGAAUCAGAGUAUUUUACACUUCGUAUAGCACUGGCCUGGAAAGAUGACCGCCUCGACGUGGCCGACCAUCUAUACGAAAAGGUGCAGGAUGGAAAAAUCAACACGGAUCCCACGUCGGUAGAGAACUUGGCUGACUCGCUUUUCGAAAUUGGUAAAGAUCUAACAGAGAAGAAAAACUUUCCGUUGGCAGUCAAAUGGCUGCAAAGGGCUUACGAAGCCAUCAAUGUCCAAGAUCUAGAGCAUCUGUCAAGGGAGGCCAUCGAACUAAGGCUGGCAAUUUCCCAGGCACUCGUUCGCGCAUAUUUGGAUCUAGAUACGACAGAUGGCUUCCAAAAGGCCGAAAACCAUGUCUGUUACAUCGAAUCUGAGAUCGGCGAUAAACUUGUAGUUCUUUUGCUCAGAUUAGAGCUCCUACUCAAGUCGCCAGCUGAAGUAUUCGAUAGUAAUGGAUAUGCCGACAUUCUCCACCGGAUGGUUAGGAGCCUUGAUAUAUCAGAAUCGAGUUUCAACCUCGUAAUGCACCAUAUACGUAAACUCGAUGAUAAGAGCCCAAGUCUUGCCUGUUCGGUUCUCGACGAAUUCAUAACAUUCCGAGUCUUGCCCACCCAACACGAUCCCUGGGUGGAACGAGCUGUUGUCCUUCGCGCUCGAAUGGCAACGAAGUAUCGGGAUAAUGACGAAACAAUACAGGGUCUUUCAAACAUAUUCGAUAGCGUUGAGGCCAACUUAGAAAAAUCAGUACCAGCUGCCGCCGUCCUUGCCAUACAGAUACUCAUAUGGAAGAGAGUUGAUGCUUUAUACAGUCAAGGGGAGCUAGAGCUAACUGAGAAAUGGUGCCACGUAGCCAUGCAUCCAGCUCUUCGGCAUUCUGGCCCGGCGAAUGCAGCGAAGAUCGCUAGGAAAUUACUUGGCUGUGCCCUCCAAAGGAACAAUUUGGAUAGUGCUAUGGAGAUUCUCCGAUCCAUGAGUGAAUCAGCCAGGAAAGAGCCGAUGACGCUGUAUCUGGCAUACAAACUGGCCCUAAGGAAUGGAGAUCGAGAAAUGGCUUCCGAGUGUUUAAGAAAUAUCAGCGAGGCCUCGUCAAAUGACCCGCAAUACCUCUAUGCGUGCUGCAUGGAUGCGCAAGAAGCCGAAGAUAAGAUGUGCGCGAUCGAGGCUCUGCAACAUUUGGUCCAGAAAUGCGAAUACAGCUCCCCUGAUACGGUUCACUUGCCAGCCCUACUUCGUGUUAUCAUUCGUCUUGAAAUAUCACUAAUGAAUGACCAGAGCCACGUUAAUAACGUCUCCUUACUUGUAGACGAUAUCUGUCAGGGGUUUGAGGGUGUGGUAACGGCAAUACAGAGAGACCCACGGGAUAACCAAGGCCACAAGCUCUUCACAGUGGAAGAACUAAAUUGGUUCUGUAAGAAUGCUUAUAAUCUAGGCCUUAAGAAUAUUAGCACGUGGUCGCCCAGGCAAAGCACCCGCGUUUUCCAAUGUUGCCUUUCGAUCAUUGCCCAAUAUCCUCAAGAUAUUCCCAUUCAAGGAGCCAACGACCUGUCGCUUAGGUCAUUAUUUUGCCAUUUCCUACUGGCAACGAUGCUUAUUUCUCUGGCUCGAUCUGAAGACAAUAUCGAAACGCAGCUCCAGGACUACCUCUCGAUGCGCAGCCACAUCAAAAGCUUCGAUGCGGAACUAGAGGCACGACUAAAUAUACUAGAUGAGAUGUCUAGAGACGACCUCCGAAUGAAGCUUGAGGUUCUUCUAGUGUUCGACUUCGAGGGUGCUAUCUGUCUUAAGUCAUAG